CCGUGCCGGGGGCCCCGCCGCGCCCCUGGGAAGGCGCUGCCCUUCUCUCCGCGCUGGGGCCGGGCUUCCCCAGUUCAGACAAGUUCUCGCCCCGCUUCUCUGCGGCGGCGGCGGGUUGUGGUGCGACACCGUCCUGACAUGUUGUAACUGGUUUCCACACCCACCGCGCCUCAGAGCGACGGACGGGAAGUACCUGCGAGGAGCCGUGCGCCGGCCGGCCCCGCUCCCCGCAGCCGCGAUCGCAACGAGCCGCGACCCCCCGCCGGCAAGGAGCCGCUCCGGAGGCGAGUCCCCCCUGGGGCAGCCCGGCAGUAUAUUUCGUCAGCUCACGAAUGGAAGUGUAAGAGGCUUUAUACAAAAUAUAUGUGAAAAUGGAAACUUCAUCUUUGCUGUCAUCUCUACAUGAUGAAUGCAGAUCAGACAACUACAUCGAACCUCAUUACAAGGAAUGGUACCGAGUAGCAAUUGAUGCUCUAAUUGAAGGAGGUUUAGAAGCCUACAAAGAAUUUCUUUCCAAAGAGAGAUGUUCAGAGUUCCUUGCAGAUGAGGAGAUUGAAUAUAUUUUGAACAAUGUUCAUAAACUUCCCCAAAACACAGUUUAUUCGUCUAACCAUGCCAUUGAUGACACCUCUUCCUCGGGAACAUACUGGCCUAUUGAAUCAGAUGUGGAAGCUCCAAAUCUUGAUUUAGGUUGGCCCUACCUGAUGCCUGGAAUUUCUGGUGGCACAAACAUUGAUCUGCUUUUUCACCCUCCACGAGCACAGCCUUACACCAUAAAGGAAACUAUUCGCAAGAUGAUACGAGAUGCAAGAAAGGUCAUUGCCAUAGUUAUGGAUAUGUUUACAGAUGUGGAUAUUUUUAGAGAAAUUGUAGAAGCAUCUACAAGAGGGAUUGCAGUGUAUCUCCUGCUUGAUGAGUCAAACUUCAGUCACUUUCUGAAAAUGACGGAGAAACAAGGCUGUCAGGUUCAGAGGCUCAGGAACAUGAGGGUGCGGACAGUAAAAGGACAAGAUUACUAUUCUAAAACAGGAGCAAAAUUCCAUGGAAAAAUGGAACAAAAAUUUCUUCUGGUUGACUGUAAGAAAGUCAUAUAUGGUUCUUACAGCUUUAUGUGGUCUUUUGAAAAAACCAACCUCAGUAUGGUUCAAGUUAUCACAGGACAGCUGGUCGAAUCCUUUGAUGAAGAAUUCAGGACACUAUAUGCUCGUUCUUCUGUUCCUAGUUCAUUUGCCCCAGAAUUAGUGCGGGUUAACAGUCGCAGGACACUCUGGGAUAACGACACAUACCAACACUCGGUGUCUUCCCUAGCUUCAGUUUCUAGCCAAAGAAACCUUUUUGGUAGGCAAGACAAGAUUCACAAUUUAGAUCCUGUUUAUCUGAAAACUCGAGGAAGAUAUGCAGUAAAUGAAAUAGAUAAAUUUGGAUUGAGAAAUCAAGCCUAUAAUAAACAACCAUUUCAUCCAGGUUUUAAUAUGCAAAAUCCAAUCCAGCAGUAUCAACCUAGUGAAAAAAAUGAGCACUGGAAGAGGCAUAGUUAUGCUGGGGAGAAGCCAGAAAGGACACCUUACCUAUUGCUUAACAGAGCUAUUAAUAGAGCCAAUAAUCCAUUGAAUACUUGGAAAAUGCCAUCUGAUAGCCUUAGUAUUGUGUCUUCAUUACGAGGAGGGUAUGCAAAUAACUGCAAUCCACCCCAACAAAGUUUCGCUGAUCAGUUUUCACGACCAAAGGUAAAUCUUGCAGAAAGAAAUUCAAUUGUGAGGAGGUCUUUUAAUGGGACAGAUCAUCAAAUCCGCCAUCUGCAGCAAAGGAUGCCGACCCUUGAACACACAACAAAAUCAUUCCUACGUAACUGGCGAAUUAAGUCAUACUUAAAUGACCAAUCCGACUAUCCAGUGGAGUCUAAUGGGUCAGCCUUGGGUGACAGAUAUGAUAGCUAUGACACAGCUGAAAAUAUUAAAGCUCAUGCCCUGUACUCUCAUUCUCGCUUACGAUCGUCGUUGGUGUUUCAGCCAACUUUACCCGAACAGCAGGAGGUAAGCAGCUGUGCAAGUUCUUCAAAUUCAACUAUAAUUGGGUCAGAGGGAAGUGCAACACCUAAAGGGACAUCAAAUCAUGCACCAAGUGUGGAAAAUGGAACAGAUAAUACUUUAGAAGAGCUUAGCACAAAUGUCCAACUUAAGUCAGAGGCACCAAAAAACCACAGAAUUCAUACUGCAGACAACAGAAAACCUAUGGUAAAUUCACAUGCAGCAGGGGACCCAUCUAUCUACUUAUACACAACCCUCUGUGCCGACAAACAUGCAGAAAAUCUGAAAAACGUUCAAAAUGAAAAUAUACUUAAAAGGAGAAGCUUUCCCAUGUUUAAUUCAAAGUCCAUAUUAGACCCUGGUGCCGACAAGCAUGCAUCCAGUUACGUUUACAGCACAUUGACCAGGCAUAGGCUUAAGCAGCCAGUUAGUCCAAAACUUCCAGAAGACACUCUGAAGAGCUCUAAAAGUUUGCAUAGUGUGACCAACCAUUUGCCACAGGAGGAAAAGAACCUCAAAGGAGAGCUAAAGAUUCCAACUGCUACCAAGGCAAUCUCUAUGGCUGUUCUUGCUGAAGCGAGCAAAGAGGAGUCUAGUAAGGAUUGCACAUCAAAGAAAGAAAGUAAGAACUCCCCAAGUUUUCUAAAGAAAGGAUCCCAGAAACUGCGGUCACUUCUUAAUCUCACACCAGACAAGAAGGAAAUCUUGUCAAAAAACAAAGGUCCUGCCUUUUACAGAAUGUGUAGUAGUUCUGACACUUUGGUUUCUGAAGAAGAGAAUCAAAAACCAAAGAUCUCUGAAAAUAAGACAGAUUCUUCCCCAAGAAGAAAGAGAAACACAUCAAAUUCCCAAGGUAGCUUGAACAGAAGUAAAGAAGAUGUCACUGCAAGCCCAUCAAAGUCUCCAAAGUCUCCUAAAUCACCAAAGCCUCAAAAACCUCCAUCUGAUGAAAGCAAUAAAAAGUGUCCUGUCUUGUGCCCCCUUGAAAGUAAGUUCAUAGAAACUGCAGGAGAUGCAUCUACCCCAAGAUUUAAUACAGAACAGAUUCAAUAUCAAGACGUAAAGGAAAUUACCACAAAUACUACCCCUGAAAGUCCUGCUGUUUGUGCUCUACAAAGAGCAAGUUCAAUGACACCACAACUGGCAAGCUCAAAACAUCAAGAGGAGCUAAGAUCUCGUUUGAGUGAAAGGCGUGUUUAUAGUCGCUUUGAGCCAUUCUGUAAGAUGGAAAAUCCUAGUCAACUUGUAGGAAAUUUACCAAAUAGUUCACAUCUUCCAGAUAUCAAAAGCAAGACCUUAGGAAAUAACUAUGGCAGGAGUAAUCACCUGGUCAGCUACAACUCAACUGCUUAUCAUCCACUGCAGCCUAAUGAAAAUAAACUGAGGGGAUUUAUGCAAAAGUUUGGGAACUUCCUACACAAAAACAAGUAAAACUUCUGCUGAUUAUGUUGAAAUACAGCAAGAGUAGCAAAGCUGUACAUUCUUAACUGGAUAAGACUGACAAGCAACUUUUGUAGAGCUUACUUGGGUUUCUUCAGGGUCUAGGACAUUUGAAUGAAUGUACAUACUUUUACAUAAUUAUUCUAGAAUUAUUAUGCUUAAGUCUUUACAGAAAUUCUGUGUCCAGAAGAUGUCUCAAGGAAGUUGUUUAUAGUGUUUAUAUUGUAAGAUUACUUUUAUACAUUUUCGUUGUGAAGAAGGUAUGUGCUAGUAUAUUGUAAGUUUAAGUGUGGAAAAAAAGAUGGAGAGUGUGUUUAAACUUAAAAUAAUACUGUUUCUGAAGAUUUGCCCUUUAAAAAUAGGUAGCACUAGGAAUAGUGGCUUGCAUCUUUUCAGCGUUUAUGUACUUUUUCAAAUGUUAAACACAAAUGUUAAUGCAUUGCAUGUUACUUAACUUCAAACUCAUUUUGAAACCCUCUUUUAGAUUCCAUCUUGGUAAUAAUUUACCCCUUAGCAUUUGUUGAAAUGUUUAGGCAGCAGAUGGAUAUUACUUUAUUGAAUUUUCCAUGUAAUAUGAUAUUAUUCUGAAGUAUUUGGCAUACAAAUCUUAAAGUGACCUUAAUCCCAGCUUUCUCAGACUUUUUUACAUGGGUAAAGUAAUGUGAAUGUAGGAUGAAAGUAAAAAAUAUAUAUAUUUAUAAAACAAGGUGCCUUGAAAAGAACUUAACUGGUUUAAAUUUCAAUGGAUUAAUUACAUUUGUAUAACAUGCCAGUAUUCUGUAAUGUAGUCUAAAAAUGUUUUUUGUUAGAUUUUUCUGUUUGGUGUUUCCAAAAAAAAAAAAAUGUGGACUUACAUUUCCCAGGUAAGUUUUUGAGUUUCACAUGUAACAGUAUGUUUUAGGUGUUGGCAGAUUAUGUGCAACUCUAGCUUUAAUAACCUUUUUUUUGUUUUUUUGUAAUAAGGUUGUAAGUGCUUUAGACUAGGCAUAUGACGAAGGUUGUAAUCUCAAUACUGCAAUGCUUAAAUUUUCCAUGCCCUGUUGCCUUACGUCAGGAUGAAUGUUACAAGGCCAGGAGCAAUUAGGUAUCUAAAAAUGAGGUUGAUGAAAAUCACCACAUAAAUCACUACCUCUCCUAAGCCAAAAAAGUGUCAGUGAAGAGCUAUAGCAGCAAUUGUUUAACCUUAGUGAAGGUGUUUAGGCAUCUAACUACAAUUUAAGGGGACAUAUGUGUGUUCAUCCAGACCUCUCAUUCAUGAGAAUUUUCCUGAUACUAAGUGCCUACACCAAAUUAGUGUUUACAGAAACCACAGAGAGGGUGAUGUGUUUGGGCAGCACCAUGGCAUCCACUUCUCAUCUGCAACUGUAGCCAGAGCAUCCAGCUCGCUCCCGGCCGUCCUUGAUAUGGACUCUGUCUCUUAGCAGAGUCCCUUAAUGCCCAUAACCUAUUACCUGCGAGAUGCUCUGGGACAGUCUUACUCCAUUUCAACUCAGUAAGGCUGUUCCACCACACAUCAAAUAAUUACAUAUUAAGAAGGCUGGAAACAAGCAGGUAGACAUUUCUCUGAAGAGGGCACUCAGCAUAUUAGAAAAGCAUAUUCACAUCCUUGCCUUGGUAGCAGUGCUGCCCCUCUCAGGAUAUGUUUUAGGCUUGCUUUGAGAACAACUACUAAAAAUUAAGCUUCACAAGUAAGAUCUUGAAAAAUACUUUUUUUUUCUUAAAAAAAAAAAAAAUAUGAUGGUGGUUUACACCUGCAGCAGGCACCAGGCCGCUCAGAAUUUUGGGGAUUUAGGUAGUAUUGUAAAUUUUCAGCAAUAGAAAUUCAGAAAUUUGGGUAGCUUCAUUUCUGAAAGCUUAUAUACCUUAUACAGGGUCUGCAUGUUUCUGAAGCAUCUUUUAGGAGACCACUUCACUCUUAGAUCUGAAAGGUCCUGCAGCGUUCUAUGGUGGAGUCCCACUGUGAAGGCCUUGGCUCUGUUCUUUAAAAAGAAACACCAAAAAAGCAUUUCAUGCACCAUCUCACUCGAGUUCUUGCUCAUCACUGAAAAUCCUUGCUGGCUCCCAUGAACUCACCGCAGCUAUUGGCAGUGAUUUCAGUGAAGCAGUGCAAGCUUUUCAUUCAAACUGUUUCUCAGGCAGCCUUAUUAGGUUGAUGCAUUAUAGCAAUUAUUUCACCAUGGGGAUAGUAUUUAUUUUUAAGGUUGACUAGAUCUGGUGUCUCAAUCCUAUGCUGAAAGUUUCACUCUCCUCUUUACCCCUGAUUGUGGAAAAGAUUUUACGAACUUCUUAAUGAACAUUGGUCACUUUGUUCACUCCAUGCUAAAAUGCCAUAGCAGAUAUUUUUCUUAAAUGGCCAUUCACACAGAAAUACUCUGUCCUGCCAGAGGCAGCAAUUUCAGGCUGAUCCCAAGGCAAAUAGUGUCUCCUUAGUAUUCCAGGCAUAUUAUCAGUACAGGCACAACAUAAUUCCACAGCUACCCAACCAACAGCAAUGCAGCGGUGCACUUUUUAUAAGUCUUAACACCUUUUAGCAGGGCAGACAGUUAUUCAGGAUGGUGCCUAAAUUAACUGUACUGCAAAUGAACUUAACUGAGAUGCAGGUGGUGCUAAAAAUGGUGGGGGUAGGUUUGGGGAGGAUAUUUAGUUUUUCCUUAUACUCUUAUGAGCUCUGACAUACAGUUGUAGGCAAUACUAGAUUUGGGAAGAAAAUGAGGGAGGGAGGGCAACGGCCUUCUGGCAAGUUUUGAAGUGAUAGUUCUUUGCAUUUUGUAGUAAAAUUGGGCAAAUGUAUCUGAUACACUUUGGAAAUUUUUUACUCUAUUUUCCAGAGUGGGUUGCUAAUUAUAGAGUCCUGAGAAGGCAGAUAUUUUAAUUUACCAAGUCACUUAUAUAGAUAUAUAGCUAUAUUUUGUAUUUAUGCACAGAAGAUUAAGAGCCUUCAGUGAAGAUCCUGCUCAUACACUUAAUAAUGCAAUAAAUUAAUUGUAGUAGAAUAUCCUUUUUCAUUUUCAGAUAUCUCCUCAGAGAACUUGCAUGAGAAUGAGUGCAUUCAGUUCUGAUCCAAGAUUAAUUGAUCUGAAUGAAAAAGACCACCACUGACCUCGGUGGCAGUUGGAUCAGACACUUAAUGCACUGACACCGCUAUUUUAGAAGUGUUACAAGGCUGAAGGCUGCUUGGGGAGGAUGUGGCUCGGACACCAUGCAUGGGAACAGCAGCCCGAUGCCUUGCCAGAAGCUACUGCUUUAGAGAUGGGGGAGCACACCAGGGAGCUCCAAGGGCAGCUGGUGCAAGGACUGGCUGUUAUUUUGUUCCCUCCAGAAUUGUGCAUUACAGGUGGGAAAACAGUGCUCGCCCAUUCGUGUCUGAUUUGCCUCCUGUUUGUGUGGGAACCCAGCCAUUUCAAAAAAAGAAAGGAAAAGUGUGGAAAAAAAUGUACAUGCUCUUUGCAUCUGCAAAGAAAAGGGAUAUGUGUAUGCUUGGAAUAGAGUUUAUGUUUUUGAUCUUCCUUUUCCCAAAGCUUGUUGUGAUGUUUCUGCUUUUCCCAAGGAGAUGCACUUUGUUCAGUGUGUCCUAAAUGUGCUCUGCACGUUGCAAGUUUGUAACACCCCACACACACCCAACCCACUCCCAGUUUUGUAAGGCUGUGAAGUAAUAGUUAUUACUGUGCGUGACAGUCAUUUGGCCAAAUGGCUUGGGAGUUGUGAAAUGAUGUGUCAUUUCCACAUUAAAUAAAACUCCAUUAGCACCCUAAUAGAUUCAGGUGAUCAGAGUUAUGCAGUGCUGAAUGUGGCCCUCAGGAGCAUGCAGCAUUGGGCAAUGCAGCCAGGAGAUACAGACCCCGCAUACGGUGCACAUACUAUUAAUGUCAUAAAUAAACCACCCCGAUAUGUGGUCAUAAUAUCCAGUGAAUUAAUUGCUUCAUUUCUUCAGCCUUGUAAUAAACAGUUUUUACUGCCUCUUGGAUUGCAAAAUGAUAGUCAUUUUAUUAAUGAUCUUGCGCAGCACUCUUUAUUCAUGCUAACAAAUAUGAACUGCUUGUAAAGAAAGGUUAAAAAAUAAGACAAAUUAAAUUUCCAGCUGUCUAAUACAUGAGGGUAGUAUUUAUUAUUUGUUACAAACCUUGAGGGAACAAAAGCUUAUCAGGCAAUAGAUGUUUGUGCAUUGAUAGGUGCAGGAGCAAUACCAUUCACAGAAAAAAAAUAUAUAUGUUUUUUUUUUUUUCAACUUUCUGAAAUGUAUAAGGAAAUGUUGUGGUUUAUAAAAAAGUCAUAAGGAAAAUAAUACCAAAAUCUGUGGCAAGAUAAUGUAAAAAUAAAAUGUAAAAUGGCUCCACUAAGCUGUAUGAUAAAUAUAUAUAUAUAUAUUUUUUUUUCUCAUUUGUAGUACUUCUUCCUUGCUCUUACAUGGCAUAAGCUGUACAACUUACAAGUAGCUGUACAACCAUGUAACACACAGAGAUCAGUAAGAACUUAUUCCCCAGAUCAAUAUUGUACUGUGCAGCACAAUAUUUCUAGUGACUUUUGUUUGUUUGUUUGUUUAUUUUGAUUUAAGUUAGAGUUAGACCAACACAAAUCUGCAGUAGUUUGUUGGUAAUUAAGAGAUGUUCCUCCGAUUGUGUCUUCACUUGCGUGAGUACAUAUUCCAUUAGCACCCCAGUGACAGGAGAAAAGUCUGCACUGCUCAAAUGCCAUUUUGUCAUUUCAUUCUUUAUUUCAUGUAGGUGCUUACAGAUGUCUUAGUACCUUUCUGUAGAGCCUGAAAUUUUUCAUUUUCAACUCUUUACGAGUCGUUUCAGUUAGGUCUCC